GUCCUGAGGCACUGGACCAGACCCAUCCCCUGGGGCUGGAGUUGAAGCUGAACCAAGUGGCCAUCCCAGCGUGAGACCAGAGUCCUGGUUCCGGGCACAGCCAGAGCCAGCGGGCGGGCUGGCAGGCAGGCAGGCGGGCUUUUGCUCAGAGGUCCCAGAGCUCGGCACGCUGGCUCUCCACAGGCGGAAUGGCGCUGCAAGUGGAGCUGAUACCUACCGGGGAGAUCAUCCGUGUGGUUCACCCCCACAGGCCCUGCAAGCUAGCCCUGGGCAGUGACGGGGUGCGGGUCACCAUGGAGAGCGCACUGACCGCCCGUGACCGGGUGGGGGUACAGGACUUUGUGCUGCUGGAGAACUUCACCAGCGAGGCCGCCUUCAUCGAGAACCUGCGACGGCGCUUCCGGGAGAACCUGAUCUAUACCUACAUUGGCCCCGUGCUGGUCUCUGUCAACCCCUACCGAGACCUGCAGAUCUACAGCCGACAGCACAUGGAGCGUUACCGAGGCGUCAGCUUCUAUGAGGUUCCACCUCACCUGUUCGCAGUGGCUGACACUGUCUAUCGGGCACUGCGCACGGAGCGCCGGGACCAGGCAGUGAUGAUCUCUGGGGAAAGCGGGGCAGGCAAGACCGAGGCCACCAAGCGGCUGCUGCAGUUCUAUGCCGAGACCUGUCCAGCCCCUGAGCGGGGUGGUGCUGUGCGGGACCGGCUGCUGCAGAGCAACCCGGUGCUGGAGGCCUUUGGCAACGCGAAGACCCUCCGGAACGAUAACUCCAGCAGGUUUGGGAAGUACAUGGACGUGCAGUUUGACUUCAAGGGUGCCCCCGUGGGUGGCCACAUCCUCAGUUACCUCCUGGAGAAGUCCCGGGUGGUGCACCAGAAUCACGGGGAGAGGAACUUCCACAUCUUCUACCAGCUGCUGGAGGGGGGUGAGGAGGAGACGCUGCGCAGGCUGGGCCUGGAACGGAAUCCACAGAGCUACUUGUACCUGGUGAAGGGCCAGUGCGCCAAAGUCUCCUCCAUCAAUGACAAGAGUGAUUGGAAGGUGGUCAGGAAGGCCCUGACUGUCAUCGACUUCACCGAGGACGAGGUGGAGGACCUGUUAAGCAUCGUGGCCAGCGUCCUGCAUCUGGGCAACACCCACUUUGCUGCCGAUGAGGAGAGCAACGCCCAGGUCACCACCGAGAACCAGCUCAAGUACCUGACCAGGCUCCUUGGUGUAGAAGGCUCAACACUGCGGGAAGCCCUGACCCACAGGAAGAUCAUCGCCAAGGGCGAAGAGCUCCUGAGCCCGCUGAACCUAGAACAGGCUGCGUAUGCCCGGGACGCCCUCGCCAAGGCUGUGUAUAGUCGCACCUUUACCUGGCUGGUUGCGAAGAUCAACAGGUCGCUGGCCUCCAAGGAUGCCGAGAGCCCCAGCUGGCGGAGCACCACGGUCCUCGGGCUACUGGACAUUUACGGCUUUGAAGUGUUCCAGCACAACAGCUUUGAGCAGUUCUGCAUCAAUUACUGCAACGAGAAGCUGCAGCAGCUCUUCAUCGAGCUCACCCUCAAGUCGGAGCAGGAGGAGUACGAGGCCGAGGGCAUCGCGUGGGAGCCGGUCCAGUAUUUCAACAACAAGAUUAUCUGUGACCUGGUGGAGGAGAAGUUCAAGGGCAUAAUCUCCAUUUUGGACGAGGAGUGUCUGCGUCCCGGGGAGGCCACGGACCUGACCUUCCUGGAGAAGCUGGAGGACACAAUCAAGCAGCAUCCACACUUCCUGACGCACAAGCUGGCUGACCAGCGGACCAGGAAAUCUCUGGACCGCGGGGAGUUCCGCCUCCUGCACUAUGCCGGGGAGGUGACCUACAACGUGACCGGGUUUCUGGAUAAAAACAAUGACCUUCUCUUCCGGAACCUGAAGGAGACCAUGUGCAGCUCGGAGAACCCCAUCCUGGGACAGUGCUUUGACCGGAGUGAGCUCAGCGACAAGAAGCGGCCAGAGACGGUGGCCACCCAAUUCAAGAUGAGCCUCCUGGAGCUAGUAGAGAUCUUGAAGUCAAAGGAGCCUGCCUACGUCCGCUGCAUCAAGCCCAAUGACUCCAAGCAGCCCGGCCGCUUCGAUGAGGUGCUGAUCCGGCACCAGGUGAAGUACCUAGGGCUGAUGGAGAACCUGCGUGUGCGCAGAGCCGGCUUUGCCUACCGCCGCAAAUACGAGGCUUUCCUGCAGAGGUACAAGUCACUGUGCCCAGAGACAUGGCCCACGUGGACAGGACGGCCCCAAGAUGGGGUGACUGUGCUGGUCAGGCACCUGGGCUACAAGCCGGAAGAGUACAAGAUGGGCAGGACCAAGAUCUUCAUCCGCUUCCCCAAGACCCUGUUUGCCACAGAGGAUGCCUUGGAGAUCCGACGACAGAGCCUGGCCACGAAGAUCCAGGCCACCUGGAGGGGCUUUCACUGCCGGCAGAAAUUCCUCCGGGUGAAGCGAUCAGCGAUCUGCAUCCAGUCGUGGUGGCGAGGAACGCUGGGCCGGAGGAAGGCAGCCAAGAGGAAGUGGGCGGCACAGACCAUCCGGCGGCUCAUCCAGGGCUUCAUCCUGCGCCAUGCGCCCCGUUGCCCCGAGAAUGCCUUCUUCGUGGACCAUGUGCGCACCUCUUUUCUGCUCAACCUUCGACGGCAGCUGCCCCGGAAUAUUCUGGACACUUCUUGGCCCACGCCCCCGCCUGCCCUGCGUGAGGCCUCAGAGCUGCUGCGGGAGCUGUGCCGGAAGAACAUGGUGUGGAAAUACUGCCGGAGCAUCAGCCCUGAAUGGAAGCAGCAGCUGCAGCAAAAGGCCGUUGCGAGUGAGAUCUUCAAGGGCAAGAAGGACAAUUACCCCCAGAGUGUCCCCAGACUCUUCAUCAGCACGCGGCUCGGUGCAGAUGAGAUCAACCCCAGAGUGCUGCAGGCCCUGGGCUCGGAGCCCAUCCAGUACGCCGUGCCCGUCGUGAAGUAUGACCGCAAGGGCUACAAGCCGCGCUCCCGGCAGCUGCUGCUGACGCCCAACGCCGUGGUCAUUGUGGAGGACGCCAAGGUCAAGCAGAGGAUCGAGUACACCAACCUGACGGGAAUCUCCGUCAGCAGCCUGAGCGACAGCCUCUUUGUGCUCCACGUGCAGCGUGAGGACAAUAAGCAGAAGGGGGAUGUGGUGCUGCAGAGUGACCACGUGAUCGAGACCCUGACCAAGACAGCCCUCAGCGCUGACCGAGUGAACAACAUCAACAUCAACCAGGGCAGCAUCACGUUCGCAGGGGGGCCCGGCAGGGAUGGCAUCAUUGACUUCACACCCGGCUCGGAGCUGCUCAUCACCAAGGCCAAGAACGGGCACCUGGCUGUGGUGGCCCCGCGGCUGAACUCGCGGUGAUGAAGGCGCCCAGCGGACCCUUCCCGCCUCCCAGUGCUUUGCUCAUCCCCUCCUCCCUUCCCAGCUACCAAAGACUCGAGCUUCCAGACAGGGACCUAGGGACACCUCGAAGCCCACCGACAAACUCCCACCUCCUGCUCAGCCCUCUCUCGAGGGGGCAGCAGGGGUGCAGGAAGCUGCCCCAGGAGUGGGCCAGGCCGGGCCACAGCAAUAGGAAGAACCGGGGCCAGAGGCAGCCGUGCCAGCCCCACUGCCAAUGCCAAAUAUUUGAGAGAAGGGAACUUUUGCUGAGGUUUUUCUCUGAGAUUUUUUUGAUGCUUUAUAGGAAACUACUUUUUAAAAAAGCCAUCUUCCCACCCGUGCCCUCCCCCAUCCCCCUGCCACCGCCAAGACACACUGGAUGUGUUUUCCCUGACUCAGCAGGGCAGGGAAUGUCGCCAAGAGGGUGGGCGAUCUGGGCCCUGGUGCCCUCUUCCCUGCCCAGGCCCCCCUCUUCUCCCCGUUCCCUUGGCACCUUGUCUGUCUGUCUGCCUGUCCACCUGUAGCCCACUCCGACAUCCCCCUGGGGGCUAAAACCACCCUUGCCUCCUUCUCCGUCCAGCCUUAAAAAUGCCCUUCUAAUAUCAGCCCAGCCUGAGGACAUCCUGGAGUAAAGGCGGGGCUCUCAGAGCGGAGGAUUUGGACAACUGGGAGAUCACCUAGUUGAGUCUUCUGGUGUGACGGAGCAAGAGAUAGAGGCCCAGAGAGGGGAAGGGACUUGCCCAAGGUGAUCCAGCAGGUUGGGGCAAAACCAGACUGUCCUCAGCACACCUCACUGCCUCUCCCAGGGACUGGGGGCCCCGUGAAACAGGCUCAUGUCUUAAGGGUGCAUGUGGCUUCCUGACCAGCAAUCAGCCUUGGGGGCCACCAGGUGGGGGAAACGCUUCCACCUGAGUCCAUGCCUUAGGAUGACAAACACCUUACCCGUAUACUCUGGCCCCAGGUUAAAGACUCAGGGCCUUCACUGGCUCCUGACUCCCCUCCCUAUCCUAGGAGCCUGGGGAAGGGGCUGGCCUUGGGAGGAGCUGCAGGGGCAUCACCUCUUUCUGCUGCUUCUCCCCACCCCCCCCACCCUGAACUCCCCAGAGGGCCUGGAGGCUGCCCAGCUGCCUCUGCCCUCCUGCGGGUCUCAGCCCACUGCUGACACUUCUGCAAUCCAGAGGAAACACUAAAUAAAGCAAUAUGUGUUUGCCAA